AUGACACUCGCUACCCUUCGCGAGUCUAUUCAGGCAGAAUCGACUGUUCCUCCAACCUCGCAGCACAUCUACCACAACGGCCGCCUAAUUUCGGAUGAUACCCAGACCAUGGAGCAGCUGCAGAUUGUGGAUGGAGAGAUGCUGGCCGUGCACGUCAGGGAUAUGCGAGGAAGCACUGGUGUACCCGAACAACCUCGACGCCCUCAGCCUAGGAGACCGGCUCAGAACGAACAGGACCCUGAGCUCAUCCGCCUUCAGAUUCUUGGCCAGCCUGCCCUGAGACAACAGCUCCAGUCACAACACCCAGAACUGGCUGCUGCAGUUGACAACCCUGCUCGUUUUGCACAAAUCUUCCGUGACAGCCAGAAUCGAGAGCAACGCGAGCGUCAGGAACGACAGCGGGAGAUCGAGAGACUGAACGAUGACCCUUUCAACGUUGAGAACCAGCGAAAGAUCGAGGAGAUGAUUCGACAGGAGCGAGUCAUGGAGAACUUGCAAAACGCCAUGGAACACAACCCCGAAGUUUUCGGAAGAGUUCACAUGCUCUACGUUGAUGUAGAAGUAAAUGGUCACCCAGUCAAGGCGUUUGUUGACUCCGGUGCUCAAGCCACCAUCAUGUCGCCCUCUUGUGCUGAGGCCUGUGGCAUAAUGAGACUGAUCGAUACUCGAUUUGCUGGUGUAGCUCACGGUGUCGGAACAGCAAGAAUUAUCGGCCGUGUUCAUUCCGCCCAGAUCAAAAUUGGAAACCUGUUCCUCCCCUGCAGCUUUACUGUCAUGGAGGGCCGAUCAGUUGACCUUUUGCUCGGUCUCGACAUGCUGAAACGACACCAAGCGACUAUUGAUCUGGCUAGAGACAAGCUCAUUAUCCAAGGUGAAAUGAUUCCUUUUUUGGGAGAGGCUGAGAUCCCCAAGGCGGAAGAGGAGGAGGCUGCACAAGAGCCAACUUUGCCUGGUCCCGAUGGCACAGCAAUCGGACAACGUACCGGAGCCGUUGUGCCUCCUGGCCAGCACCAACAGCAGAUCCCUGCCAGACCGCAAGCCGCACCAUCCCCUGCUGCAGCUGCAGCUCCCGCCCCCUCCGCACCCCAAGCGCCUCCUGCUGCACAGCCUGCUCCAACAACAGCAAACAUCUCGCCACAAGCAAUCGAGAGCCUUAUCUCGAUGGGUGCCACUCGGGAGCAAGCCAUCCAGGCCCUCCAGGCCGCAGAAGGCGACCCGGAUGUUGCUGCUGGGUUGAUUUUCUUCUAG